AUGGUCCAAAUUAACCCAAUUCUUCUAAAAUCCUUAAACGUUAUUGUAUGUCUCUUACUAAUAGGUGCAACUAUCUUUACACUACUUACAUCUGAAUCACUCCCGAGCAGCAGUAAUAUUAAUAAUGCCACCAAUGCACAAAAUUCAACCAGUUCAUACACUUAUCUUACACCCGCAACUUACACUUUUGGAAUCCUAUUUGUGCUCUAUUUUUGGCUUGUUAUUUUUGUUAUUUAUCAAUGGUUUGUAGAUGAAAGCGAAGAUUACAGUGUCGUUACUGAUGGUGUUUCUUUUUACUUCAUUAUUGCUGGAAUUUUGGUCACAGCUUGGUUUAUUCUAUGGAAAUUCGAAUUUUACCUCAUUGCUGCAAUUAUACAAUUGCUAGUCUUUGCAGCUGUAGUGUAUAUAUGUUAUCUUAUCGAUUUUUAUUAUCCUCCUAAAGGAUUUUUCGAGAACCUUUUGAUUCGUAAAUUAUUUUCUAUUUGGGCAGCUUGUUCUUUAUAUGCUUUAUUUCUAGAUUUUUGGAUUGCUAUCCCUGCUCUUGAUACUGUUCUUUUGUCAGUUAUUGCUUUAAUUAUUUUAAUAAUUGUUGGUUUGUUUGUAGUAGAUUAUUAUCCAAGUCGCGAUUUUAUUUUUUCUCUUGUUAUUGUCUGGAUAUUAAUUGGUGUUGCUAUUUAUUCAAUUAAAGUAUUCCCUGUAUUUACCGUUAUCGUAUUAGGAAUUGGUUUGAUUACUGGUGGUAUUUUUAAAUCUAUUUUUAAUAUGUUUUAUGAACAGCAUAAGA